AUGCUGACAAAUUUCGCAAGUACUGAACUGUGGAAUACUUAUAUAUUGCAAAUGAGCCAUGCCGAGGCUGCUAUUCAGCACAUUAUCCUCGCCGUUGGCCACCUGCUUAGCACUCAAGCACGUACCUUUGACCAGACUAUGAUACCAGAGGAACCAAACCAGCAAAUGAUUUAUCACCACUACGGCAAAGCACUACAAUAUUUAACCAAAAGUCCAGAUCCAGACGUGAAUAUCGUGCUAUUAGCAUGUCUGAUUUUUUGUCUUUUUGAAGAACUCCAGGGAAAUUGCUAUCCAGCUAUCCAGCAUAUCGUGGCUGGCAGAGACAUUAUUUCGAAACAUAUUCACAAGCGAAAGUCACCAACACGUAGCGAUAAUUUGGCUGCGAUUAAGGCAUCAUCGGGGUGGAACCCACUUCUCGCACAGUUGCUGCAGGUUUACAAGGGACUGGAAACGCACGUAGCUGUGCUGGAGUCACGGGCUUUGAACCCAAUUGCUCGCAUACCUCUAUCUGGAUUUACGGAACAAGAGGUGGAAAGCUACAGAGAAUCUCGGAAGCGUUUAUGCUGGGAACCUUACCAGGAUCCAUCGUUCAGCGUCGAUGACAUCAACUCGACAUUGCCUGAAUUUGCGAACAUGGACGACGCCAGCAGAUAUUUGGCUGGACUUGCAGCCAUCUGUGUUGCGACAGAGGCAAAUUCCUCGCACAAUACACAACACAUCUGGCACACCACAUUUCUUGUCUCUUCCCGUCUGGCUCUAUUACUGAAUCACUGGCUUGAAGCUUUCAAUCGCAUGAUGUCAACCUACUCAGCCAAAACCUUUACCAUUAAUGACAGGGUCAAUUGCCACAUCCUCCGCCUAUAUCAAUCCUGCCUUGCAUUCAUGAAUCAAGCCAAAGAUAUGGGACAAGAAACCAUUUUCGACAACAACAGAGUGGUCUUUGACUCGAUCAUGUUCAGAAAGAGCAUUCUAAUAUCCAUGACGCAGGAAGAGCUGAUACCUCUUCUGUUCUUUGUGGCUACUCGUUGCCGUGUGGGUUAUCUUCGGCGUAUGGCAGUUGAUGACCUACGUCGAUGUGGCCUAGAAGGGGAACUUCUGGCUGAUAUUGCAGAGAAAGUCAUAGAUGUGGAGAAGUCAAGCCAUCUGGAGCAGGAGGAUGGGAACGAAGAAGCCACGUUUGGCUUUCCUGCAGAAGCGUCACGUAUCAGACUCCAUGGUAUGAGUCCCCCAAUAAGCCAAGACCGAGAUAUAUUCCACCUUAUGGUGUCCAAUUUUCCAUACUAUCCACUCGUACCGCAAUGGCCGCUACCAGUCCGUCUCCCUUUUGUACUGGAAAACGAAUUCUUGGACAAGGCUGGCCCAUGUCUCGACCGAGCACUUCGUUUCGAGCCGUACAGCCGUCUGCUAGAUUAUUAG